AUGUCAAUUCCGGUCAACAAUGUCCCUACUUUGAACAGAAUGACAACCAUUGAACUUGACCGCCUAGUGACAACUGAACCUCAAUCUCUGGCAAAUGGCUCGUUAGGCCACCUACUCCCUCUGAUCUUCAAGCCUUUCACAGCCAAUGUUCCCCAAGCACACACACUUAGAAUCAAACUCAGCAAAAUCCUUCAUUGCGACACAUGGAUCAACACUAUAUUCAGUCAAAACUCCCCAGACAAUAUCGUUCCAUUGUAUGAUAGCCAAGCUGGACUUUGGAACUGGGCACUUCCAAUGACACCUCAUCAGUCAUCCGUCAAUUCAAAUGAUACUCUUCCUCCUCAGCCGGGUGUCGAGAAAUUUACCCAUGAAGAGAUAUUUUCAUCAUUCCUUAAUGCUCUUGGUACUGCGAUGGCUGAAUCAGAAGACAAGCUGAUCACACUGUCUGCAACUCGCACAUGGAGUGCCAGCAACUCCACUGUUGCAGUGUCCGGUAGUGAUAUCAAGCACAAGCCUGAUCUUGUGCUAUCCAAUGAUAUCAAGCCCAAGUGGGGCAAUAUUCACAUAUGUGCUGAGCUGACACAUAGUCAGUACAAGCCUGCACAGCAGAUUGUGAAGGCUGCAGAUACCCAGGCAUAUCUACUACUCAGCAAUCAGCCUUGGAGGCACUUUGCACUCAUCCUAUCAUUUACACACCAAUAUCACGAACUCAGGGUCUUGUUGUACAACCAUGCCGGUGGCGUUGUGACCCCUCGCAUCAAAAUUCAUCAAAAUCCAGAUGCAUUCGCCCAGAUUAUUGCUGCUGUUGUCUUUGGCAGCCCAGAAUGUAUUGGAUAUGAUAGUACGGUUGCCUUCUGGAAAAAUGUCCCACUCCCCCCACCCCUAGGUGCAGACAUGCCUGGUUACCAGCCAUUCAAGAACCUUCCUGCCCGAGCCACUCGGAGUAUCACCUUUCCUGCCGAUCCUGAUAGCAAGUCUCUCGCUGCAUUGCUUGAGGAUCCCCAGGAGCUACCCCUUGACAAUGAGGCCGGGUCAAUACACUCUUCUUCUGAUGCCCUUGAGCCAAUGCCCCCCGCGGAUGACACCCUCGAGCUAAUAUCCAAUGACAGUCUUGAGUCUCUUGAAGAUCCGAUAGAAGAGCCUCUUGUCUCCCCUCCUUCCCCUCCUGUCCCUCCUCCUACCUCAUAUCUCCCCCCUCAACCCCUUGCAGUCACUAGCGUUCCUUUGUUGGGCCUUGCGUCUCGGCCUCUGCAGGGGGCUGAUACCGCCUGUAGCUCUACCCCUCAUCCUUCCCAUUUUCCCCACACCCCUCAAUCGCCUGCAGAACCCUGUGGCCAAAUCCGUGUUAAUAACAAGAUCUACACUAUCCUGAAGAUCCUCUUUACCACCAAGGGCCUUGUUGGUCGCGGGACCGUCUGUUAUCUGGUCAGUUUAAACGAAGAAGAAUACAUCAUUAAAGACCACUGGGUUCAGGGUGGUGAGGAGAAAGUUUUGAAUGAGAUUAACAUGUUAAAAGUGAUGAGCGGCAUCCCUGGUGUUCCCGAGCUAGUAGACUACUGGAAGGUCGAAAGGUCAGAUGAUGUCAUUGACCAGAUGCGGCAUUAUCGUCACAUGGAAAACCAGAGUAUCUGA